AUGGAUUUCCACGAAGAACGGAGAGACAGACAGAUGCCAAUGAAUAUACCCCAAAAAAGAGGAGGGGGCCCCAGUUCUUUUCGAACCGAUUCCAAUAGAGGUGGGGGAGAUAGACAGUCCUUCGCAUCGGCCAAUCCUCAAGGAAGCUCGAAGAACAGGCCAGCGGAGGGCAAAGAGAGUACAACACCAAGGAACAAUGGGUCUUUCUUCUAUGAUGGGCCUCACGGAUUCAGGGAGUAUGAGCCAGUCUUUCCUCCUGGUGACCAUACAUCGUCUAGUAGUGGGACUUGGGGAGGGAAAGGUCAAGCUGGCGGAGACCCCAGCUUAGAGUAA